CUGGGUUCGACGAGCAGCGAUAGGCUGCGCGGUCGGAGAGGCCGUUGGUCGUGCCGGGGCCGCCCGGUGAGCAAUAAUUCAAACCGCCGGGAGGCCCUUCGCCGGCCACAUGGCUCCCACUGGCUGGCGGAGGAGGAGGAGGAGGAGGAGGAGGAGGACUGGGUGUCGUGCCCUCCUCCCUGCUGCCCACCCACGUGCACCACUGCGCACGGAAGGAAGGAAGGAAGGAAGGAAGGAAGGAAGGAAGGAAAGACGGGGAGCAGGCGGCGGCGAAGGAAGGAAGGAAGGAAGGAAGGAAGGAAGGAAGGGGAAACAACCGGUUCGGGGGGCCCCCCGCCGGCCAGGGAGAGAGACCAUGAUUGGGGGGAUCGGGGUCGGCAGAGGGAAGAAGAAGAAGAAGAAAAGGGAGGGAAAGAAAACCGCCGGGGGGAGAGACAAGGAAGGAAGGAAGGAAGGGAGGCCAACACAGAUCCGGGGAACAGAAAGAAGCAGAAGAAAGGAUCCGCGACCCCCACGACUAAUAAUCCUCGCUCGGACCGGAGGCAUCCUCAUCAUUCGGCUGAUCCAAGCCCACGGCCGACCACACCCUCCUCUGCCUCUGUCCCGACAACGGCAGGGGGUGUUCCCGCCCUUCACUCCAUACGAGCGGGUGGGCCCUCACCCGGAUCCGGCUCGGGAAUGCCCCCACAUACUCCCCCUCCGCGGCGGCGGGAUGUCAUACGCGAACCAACCCACGCAGGUCUGCACUCCGCAUGCGUACACCAAGGGCAUCGGUACGGUCUUUUGACGCCCACUGCUCCGGAGGUCACGUCCCCUAUAGCUCCUCCCUGGGCUUCCCUUCACUCCGCGCCCGGUCCGGCCGUAGAGAGUGGUGCGAUCCGGCCCCCGCAUGGGCUGAUGGUGCCGGAUCCUCGGGGCAUACCCCCCCCGAAUACCCCCAUACCCCCAGGACCCGGAGCGUCGGUCACACGGGCCCAUCAUGCCCUCUUCGCGGGAUCCGAAGAAGCCGCGGUAAACGCCCCCGCCGCAACCAUUCGGCCGGCUCCCCUCCCCGCCCUGCCCCAAGCCAUGGAACAUCGAGACGCACCCCCCACUACGAGCGACGGCACCCAUGGUCCGACCCUCCCCGUCGCUACGGGAUCCCACGGGGCUCAUGCGACCACAGGCACGACACCCCCAAUCCGUCGUGCGAUUCGUCACCAUUCAGGGCAUUCCACGCCGACGCAUCACUCUGGCCCUGAAGCCGCUGCUCGGCACCGGCAUCCCGCAGACGCGGCUCGGUCAUUCUCAUCCGCACCCAUUUAUCGGUGGGGUGGGCAUCAAUAAAGGGUGGAGGAGCCUUCUUGGG